AUGCAUUCAUCUUACACAUCAAGUCCACACGGCCAUGAUAACUCAGAUAACACACGGAGGGGACAUCGUGAUUCUUCUGUAUAUCAAUACUCAGACAACUUGAAUUUGCGAGCACCAGGUAGUGGAGGUCUAUCUUCCCAAGUCCGAGGUCUUCACUUAGGAAGUUCACCUCAUUCCAAUGUUCCACAACAUCCAAAUCAUCCACCUUACGGGCGUGAAGAGUCUCUCACUCCCGAACAGUCCAACCGCAAAGGGUCCUUACCAUACAGGCGUAAUGAUCUUUUACCUUCUCAUUCCGGCAGUGAUCAGGCCAACCGCCGAGGCUCCUUGGCAUCAUCUCGUGAUGCAUAUGAUACUCCCCCUCCUUCACAGUACAUCGACCCACGUACCCACUAUAGUAAUCACCUUCGUGGCUUGGUUUAUUCCUCAAAUGAUGAUUUUACGCCUUUCCCGACGCAAUCUACCGCCCCAUUACCCACCAAUACGCAGCUAUCAACCCUAUCAAAGCGUGCACAUCCUGAACGUGAUGAUUCAUAA